AUGAGCUACACACAAAGGCCAAACCGCCCACAAGGGGCUGAGUAUUGUGGUGUGCUCCCUGCGUGCGUCGCACCGAGAGGGCUAGGAGUGGAGACGCUGGAGAGACUGCUCCGGCGCUACAACCACGCUCGGCUGGAUUGGGAAGGGCGUCAAAACCCUCCAAACCGCCAGUGGCAAGCGGUCUCUUUAGCCGUCUCCGCUCCUGGGGCUGUUGCCGGAGACCUGUUCCUUCCAGACGGUGACUGGAGUCGACAAUCUCAACAGAACGCAGUUCUGUUACAGUCCGUUUGGAGGAGCUCCAGCGGAGUUUCGGUUUGGGCUUCGAACCCCAAUCCUCAAGGUGGCGUCCUCUUUCUCCGUGUGCGUGGCCCGGUCACCACAACCGUCGCUGGGGCUCUGGUUGGUCCUCCUCAACCACCCUCAUACCAAUCCGAUUCUGAUUCCGAUCAGAAUACGGACGACGAGGAGGAGGAGGAAGAGGGCAAUACCACGGGGAUGUGA